CUUCAUAUUGUGCCGCGCGCCUCCUCCUGCUGCAGACAUCUCCUCCAGCUCUCGCCCCGGCGCCUCCUCUGCCUGUGCCUCUCUAUCUUCUCUAAUGGAAGUUCUUCUUCCCAGGACCAGACUGGUUGGCUGGAGGGACGCGAUCUGCAAGAUGGCGGGCGAUCAUUACAAGUCCGCCAACCCUCUCCUAGACAUGGACUUCCAGUCUUUGGCGUCUCAGGAGCUGAAUGUGAAACAGAUGGAACUGGACUCCGCCACAGCCAAACUGGAUCAGCUGAGACGAGAACUGGAAAAGGGAAAGUCGCCCAGUGUCCCCAGCAAGGUGGAGGGCACCGAAGCUUCCACUCUUCAAAACUACAGCCCCAGCCUGUCACCAUCCCUCAGCCGCCGGUCUGUGGCACCACAACCCUCAGCAUCACUCAGUCUGAUGCCACCUCUGCAUUCCAGCAGGCCCAGACAAGAGUCUUCCUUGACGUCCCCAGUAUCUCCAUCUAUGUCCAUGAACUCCACGUCCCCUGUACCCUCCAUAUCCUUCAGCUCCUCCCCAAACAUUCCACGCAGGUCUCUGCCAUCUAAUGGUGGUGAUCCUUAUAUGACUGUUCCAUCCCGACCAUCCUGGGGUCGCCCACUUUCCCCUCGUCUCCAAUACUACGAGCGCCCCUCAUCGUCCACAUCGCCCCGCCUGUCUUCUGGCUCCUAUGAUUACGCCUCUUUGCCCAGGUCAGCCUCCCCUGUGCCUGAUGGAUCUUCAGAAUGGGCUCAGCCUCAGAGACCUUCUCCAGCCUAUGAGGCUCCUCCAGGGUUCUCCCAGCCUCACUUUUCAGAUGAUGUUGGCUCUCUGCGCCCCCGCCGCCCUCCCCAGCGCAGCUGGAACGAGUCUGACUUGGACAUCAUUUAUGACAAGAAGACUCUGCAAGAGAAGUCUGAUCGGGCGAGUCUGGGGGGAGUUCCUAUCAUGAAGGCUUGGAGGGAGAGCAGCCUGGACCCGGCCCCAGUAAAGAGCAAGGGCGAUGUCUCUGGUUCCUUCACCCUCCCUCGAGGCCACAAAUUUUCCUCAAUGGACAGAGGCACUCAGGGGCCAGACCCCAGUUGGAAGACAGGAGCAGGAACUUUGCCUAGAUCACUUCCUUCCCAGCAGCCCAUAUCUCGCAUCCCUGUCCCUCCACCUGGAGGUCGGAGCCAGCCACACAGACCCUUGCCCCUCUCCAUGAUCUUCCGUCUGCAGAAUGCCUUCUGGGAGCACCAGGCUCCACCCCAGAUUUAUUCAUCUACUCCAAUGAAUGUGCCACUUGCAGUGCCUGUGUCCAUUCCUGUGGUACCUGAGAUUCCCAAUCCCACUGCAAUAGCCAUGACCCCACCUACAUACGAAGAUGUUCCCCGGCCUCUAAGCCCCACUCGCCUUCAGCCACAACUGCCUCCUUCAUUGGCAGAGGUACAAAGAGUUCUGGAAGAUAUUCCUCGACCUCUGAGAAGACGAGGCUCCCAGGAGCUCAAUGCACAGAACCCACCUCUUCCUUCAGACCGAAGGCAGUAUCGGCAACUUAUGGGACGACUCUUUGGAAGAGCGGCUCCAAAACAGUCUGUUGCUCCAGAGCAGACAAAAACUGAGGAAAAACUUCAAGGAUCGGGAAGCAAAGGUCCAGCCUUAGAGGAACAAGCUGCAGAUCUUCCUAGAAUGAAGACCAUUCCUGAGGAGCCAAGGACUGAAGAAAAGCCUAGCGCCAGUCCUCAGGACCCCAUCUGCAUCAUUCUGGAGGCAUCCGAUUCCAGGGUGGGAGCCUCGGCCAUAGAGCAACCAGAGGUGGAACUUGGUGUCCCAGUUGUGGUCGGUGGAGGCCAAACCCUGGAGCUUCGUUCAGCUUUGAGAGGAGGCAAUUCUCCACGGAAGACCCGGCCCAGACGCGCACGGCUGGAUCCACUGAUUCUGCUGCUCGAUGGGGCACUAACUGGAGAGUUGGAUGUUGUCACUCAGGCUCUGAAGGAGGUCAAAGAUCCAAGUCAGCCAAAUGAGGAGGGUAUCACUGCCCUUCACAACGCCAUCUGUGGGGCCAAUUUCCAUAUAGUCAACCUGCUCAUUAACCACGGUGCCAAUGUCAACGCAGCCGACAGCCACGGAUGGACUCCUCUUCACUGUGCUGCUUCCUGUAAUGACCUCCAAAGCUGCCAUAUUUUGGUGCGACAUGGUGCAGCCAUCUUUGCCACAACCUACAGUGAUGGCAGUUUAGCUGUGGACAAAUGUGAUCCCUACAGGGAAGGCUACAAGGAGUGUCUCACCUACCUCACAGAGGUGGAGCAGUGUAUGGGCGAGACGCAGAGUGGAGUCAUCUACGCCUUGUGGGAUUACACCGCAGAGUUUGCUGAUGAACUGUCCGUACGUGAGGGCGAUUCUGUCACCGUUCUCAGAAAAGAUGGGGAAAGCGGCAACUGGUGGUGGGCAGCGUUGUGUGGACGAGAAGGCUAUGUGCCUCGAAACUACUUUGGGAUGUUCCCGAGGCUCCGUCCGCAGCGCAGCCCCCUGUGAUGGAGGCGGCAGGAGACGUGCAGAGACAUACAGCUGCGUGUUGGCGUGUGCUUGACGUGUCGCUUUCUACCGGUCCUUUCUUUAUUUUUUGAUAAAAGUAUUUUUUCUAAUAAAAUGCUGAGCAGUGAAGGUCCUGCGGUUCUGCUCGCGUUCUCUGCUCUCCUUUCCGGUUUGUUUUCGUGACUUCAAUAAAUGAGACAAAUCCCUGCA